CUUCCGCGAACUGGCCAAACACACGCAGACACACAUACGCACACAUGCAUCGAAUGAAGACGACACAAAGCCUGCGCGCGAGAGCGCGUGCAAACUCGCGGGCGCUCGUGUCUCUCGCUUCUUGUUUACCAUCGUUUCGUGUCACGGCGGCGGCAUAUACGCGCGUUUCUCCCGUUGUUUUUAUCUGCGCGAUUCGGCGGUUUGUUGUUCGAGCUAGAUUUUCAAGGCCGGAACGACGCCACCGCCACUGCCGCUUCUGAUGCCAGUACUGUCUAGGGCACUCAGUCAGUGUGUUAUUAGCUCUCGGAUAGUUAACGCUCGCGAGUCGCGCUUUUCACACGAGGUCGUGCGUAUAUAACGCGCGCGCGUGUGUGUGUGUGUGUGUGUAUAUAUAUAUAUAGCUAUACACGUACCUGCUGUGAAUUCGAGGUGAAUAGACGGAUCGGCUGCGCCGCGCUUACGAAAAGCCAUUGAAGAUUGCUCUAUUGCAGUUCGCGCGCGUACACACGUGCUUUCGGCCCGCGGCGAUUUUCGAUUUCCAAUGCCGCCGACCUUGUGCUUCGCUACGACGCCUUUCGCAGAUUCCUCAGAAUUCAGCACCAUGAGUUCAGAUCAGCAGUACUGUUUACGCUGGAACAACCACAGCCUCAACUUUGUAACUGUGUUCGAGUCUCUUCUGAAGGCAGAGGCCUUCACCGAUGUCACGGUGGCUGCUGAUGGUGUGCAGAUAAAGUGCCAUAAAAUGGUACUCGCAGCCUGCUCAACCUAUUUCCAGGAGCUGUUUGUUGGAAACCCUUGCGAGCACCCUGUCAUUCUCCUUAGCAAUGUCACGUUAAAUGAGAUCAAGGCCAUCCUUGACUACAUGUACAAGGGAGAGGUGAACGUCUCCCAAGAAGACCUCGCUGGUCUCCUCAAAGCUGCUUCCGACCUAAGGAUUAAAGGUUUGGUAGAAGACCCAGACAAACACAAACGCAGGGAGGAGCCACCCACCAGGGUCACACCACCCCCAGCCAAUAAUCCCAGCCACAGUGCGACAAACAACCAGGCUCUCGGUAAUGGGUACGUCUCACCCUUGCACAUUCCUCCCCACAUUCCUCCCCACAUUCCCCCCUCCAAUCCCGCUUCCUUGAGUAAGUCACCCAUCGACAGGAGCCACAUCCUCAAAAACGGAUGGGACGCCUCGGGAACUGCUGUGCCCGAAUCCCCGCAUCCCGUCUCUGGACCACCACCGCCACGCAGCCAACACUUAAAUGCUGGCACAUCACACCAUAGCAACGAAAUCAAGAGGGAUAAUUCACCCCUCAGCCGAAAGAAGCUCACCGCUAUCGCACACGUCGGCGGAGACACGCCGAUAUUGAGAAACGUUCUGGGUCAGAGUCAUCAUUUGGAGCCCUCAGCGCUUGAUAGACAGGAAGCGUCCUGCAGUACAAAUAGUAAUGGAUCCUACCUCGAGUCGGACAGGAGGAGCAGCGCCGAGCUUUCCGAGUCCAUGGAGGAGGAAGAGAACAGGGGACAAAACAGCUCGCCGCCGUACCCGAACGUCAACCUCAACGUCAUCGCCAUGGCUAGCGGCAAAGGCAAAUCUGGUGUGGGCAAGCCCGAAUGGAAGCGCUACAAGCAGUACACGCGCGAGAACAUCCAGGAGGCCAUGGACGCUGUGAGGAAUAAGAGGAUGAGCGCGCUUCAGGCCGCUCGCAAGUACGGCGUCCCCUCGCGAACACUCUACGACAAACUCAAGAAGGCCGGCAUCCUGCCCUCCCGGGGUGCGGGGGUCGCCCGUCAGCGAUGCGAGCCGGCCGUCGGCGUCAUGGACAACGGCAGCGCCCGGUUCCCCUACUCCAGCAGCGUCAACGGCAGCGUCUACGGUCAUAGCGCCCUGUCCGAGAACGACAGCGAUAACAACGGUAUGCACAACGCACCCGUCGUUGUGGACAUGUCGACGCGCAGCCCCAGUCCAGCCCAGCCCCCCCAGCACUUCGUCGCGCCAGCCAUCGUGCACCAGGACGACCAAGUCGAGGAUCUCUCCAUCGCCAGGAGUAGCAGCAGCAGCAGCAGAAGUCGUGACAACACCACGCCCGUCAUCGUGCCCUCAACCUCAGCGAUAAAGAAGGAGCCAGAGGACACGGAUAUGGCUUGACCUGCGGGCCCCAGGAUUCGCGCCGCUGGACUCUUCGACGAGCUGAUCAGCGUGGCUGCCGCCAAGCUUAAGGACGAUUUCGACUGCGGUAUCUAAAAGCUGCGUAUCACUUGAUCGACGGAGCGAAUCUUUUUACUGCUUCAUCACGACGGCAUCAAAUGCCCGAGGAGUAAGGUUUUAAUUUUGCGAAUUUUUUGUUUUUUUACACGCACCGACGACCACGACGAUCAUGAUAAUGAUUAAUUACGACUACGAUGAUUGUACCGCGACCACGGCGCGUGCAUCCGCCUCUCAUUUUUCUUCUUUCAAACGCUGCAGUAUACGGAUUUAGUAGAGACAAAAAGAAGAAAAAUACAGAAGCAUGAAUAAGACUGAGCACGCGCCGUGACUUUCGAAAGAGACUGAUGAACUUAUAUGCGCGCGAGAGUUGAGCUCGUUCCAAAAACUAUUGGAGACACGCCGUCGCCCAAGCAUUGAUUGUUUAAUUUUUUGCAUCUUUCUUCUCGGACGAUCGAAUCGAAUCGUCUAUUUUUCGGUGCUACCGCCAAUCGAAUCGAACAUUUCAGUUUCAUUUUACGCAAUUAUCCGUUGAUUUGACCCGCGCGGUCACAGAUGUCUGAUCUAUUUCGGGGGAUUCAAAUUCGCCGAUCCGUUUUUUACUCACUUUUAUCGCUCGGUAUGAUCUUGUAAAGAUUGAUCGAAAAGUUGGACUUUUGAUUUUUAUCGCGCGAUUCCGCCAGAAUCGAUUUUAACGAGAACGACCAGAAACAUUUUAUUUUUAUUUUAACCGUGAAACAAAGCCGCGCAAAGAAUGAGACUUUGAUUUUUCAUUGGGACGAGCUCUCGACAUUUUUGGACCGGUGAGAGCGACAAGCCUAUACAAUUGUGAUUUCACUUUCUAAUUGGCAAUCAACUGUAUGUGACAUAUAUGUACGCGAGAGAAAAAAAAGAAGAGCCGUGAUAGAGGCUUGUUUGUAGGCGCGCGUUACAAAGUUUCGAGGAGUCGAUGCAAUUUCGCCGGAAAAGAAGAGCGUCGUCGUUUUAAACUUGUAUAAAUAAACGCAACGAUGUACGCAAGAGCGAGAUGCAUAUUCAUAAAUUCGAGCGAAUAAAGCGUGCGCGCGCGCUCGGGCUGCGUUUAUAAGAUUAAAUUAUACGCAAAGUUUGAACUUUUUCGCACAACGCGCUCCGCCGCUCCAACACGUCCGCAGAUACGGAUCUUCGCUAACGACGCGGCGCCCUGUGCGUGAAAGUUCGAGCUUUUCUACGGCCCUCUGCGGAUUUUUAAUGCUCCCUUUCGUCGCGGUCGUUGUGGUGAUUUAUUAAGUGCAAAAAAUGAGUCGUCGAAUGAUGUAAGCGGUCUCCAUCGAUGUAUAUUAAUUUUACAAUGUAUGAUUCCUAUCGGCAUUUAAUGCCUCUUGGCAUAGGAGGUUCAUUGUACUAAUAUUUUUUAUCAUUAUUGCUAUUAUUUUCUUUGUCUUAAUUAUAUUACAAUUAUUAUUAUUAUUAUUAUUAUAUCAUUGCCGCAUAAUCGCAUUAAGAAUCUUAACGGUUUCGUUAACGACUGAGUUAUCAAAUGUUAUAAUUUGUUACGUUAAAGUAAGGCUAUGACGAUCGAGGCGCGCAAACGCGUCGCACACACCGAACUGACGAGGAAAAAAAAGAAAAAUUAAAUUACACAUGGCCCUGGGAAACAGAUGCAAUACCGCUCAAACGUGUGCGACGGGAACACGCGCAUUUACACACCGAUCGAAAGCGCCAUAUAACGUGAAGAUGCAAUGAACUACCUCUCACAAAGUACAAUUCGCCGAUCGGGCAAAUGAGCGCGACUGGUACGUAAAAGUACUUUGAUGAUCCUCAUUAUUUUUUAUUUUUCUCCUUUUACAUACAUCGUGUAUAUCCUUCAUUAUAUUUUACGUUACGUACAUAAAUUAUAUGUAUUAGAUUUUUAAGUUUAUGUAAACCUGGUGCGAAUAACGUACUGCUACAAAGUUAUAGACGUCGAUUUUACUUUGUUCAUUUUUUUUUUUUAUUAUGUAUCGAGUAAGCGUUUAUAGGCCCGCGCAAUCAAGCGUUGCCUUAUGUAGUGACAAUGACACCGUGGGUCCGUGCAACGGCCCGUAUGACCAUGAUUUAUAACAUUUUACCUAUAGACAUAAAGAAAGCGAGCAAUUGAAGUUUGACAAACGUAAGCCUCGGAUGCUCGUACGUUUCUUUAUAUGCAUACUUACAUGCUAGGAAUGCGAUGCGUAUUCGCGAUUGCCUCACGAUGAAGUACAAACCAUCACCAGAUACAGUACAAAUGUUUGCCUACCUCAACCUUUAUAUAUAAUUAUAUACGUAGAGAGCGCGGAGAGCUUUUGCUCCCUGUUAUCGUGUAGAGAGAUAAUACUUUCAGAGAUUAAUUUGUAGCUCAAUGUCGUACCUGCACCUGUAUGUGAUUCAAUGACAGUUACCACUUUGCAAUUAAUACGCAUUGGCUGAAACACGCAAAUCACCUAGAUUAUUAUGAUUAUUAUUAUUAGAGCAUCUACGAGAAUUCGCGCUUUUACUUCUAUUCACAUUCUAGAACUUAAGCUUGUUGAGGUUUUAAAUUACGUACUCUAAAAAUUGAUUGAUCGAGAUUCGAUAUUGUCGACGUGUUUGGACACUAAACGACGAGGAAAAAAGAUAAUAGAGAAAAGAGAAAAAGAUGAAAAAUAUUUGAGUGUUUGUGUGGCCCAGCCAUUGCACCUUUAGAUUUUAAGCCAAACUUACGACAGAAGCAUCACUUGAGUGAAGAUAACUAUUGUUUUAAAUGAUUAUUGUUAGUUACGAGAAGUAAUGAUGAUAGCGUAGACGAGUAUGAUACAGACGGGGGUGAAAAGGAGUUACCGUAUAAAACCGUGCCUGCGCGCCGGUAUUAUAUUUUAGAGGCCUUUAUAAAUCUAUUACUAUUACUAUUAUUAUCACGAGAAAAAGAAAAUAAUUAAUCAGCGUAUAUGAUACCACAAUUCUUUUUUUUAACCAUUAUCAUUGAUAAAUUUAUUAUUAAAUAUAUAUUCAUAGAGUUUAUAUCUAUACCAGCACGAUACACGAUAGCGUAUAUGACAUGUUGUAAAUAGUGGUAUAAAAACAAAAAAAAAAAAAAAACUAAAACAAAAAAAAACAAUCAGCUGCCUUAUGCAACUACUGUUGUAUUAUUCUUAAGACUGAUUUCUUUCUACUACAUAAUAUAUUCGAUACACACAUACGCAUAUAUCUAUGUAUGACGGUAGAAAAACGUGCGUGAGGAACUGCAGUGGAAA